UCGCCCACAGUAACACCUGCAAAGGCUUUGUGUUGAGUUAUCCAGCAGAAUUGAUUACGUAUAAAUGUAACGGUUUGGGAGUACACUUUCAUUGCUUCACUUAUUGCGUCGAGAGGAGACGUCGGAGAAAAGUGUUCCGUUUCCUGAACAGGUAAUCAUGUACAGCACCUACCUGUCCAUAGCGGCCACCUGCCUUAUCUGGGCGGCUGUUGAAAGCCAUGUGGGACCCGGUAUUGCUGCUCCGGGAACACAUGACCACACCAUCCCCUACACAAUUGUAAACGGCGCUUGUCACGUGGGCAGUUCCCAACACGCCGUCGGAGAUGUCUUCACACACCCCGACUCGGGGGAGUGCAUCAAAUACAGAUGUGAGGCAGGCAAGGUAGUCGUGGAUGUAGCUCAGUCGGGGUGUCAAGACGAAUCCCACUGCCGACCUGCGGGGCAAUUCACCUCCGUCUGUAACAACAAGUUCAGUUGUGAACUGGCCGAUGUUUCAGUUGUCGGGUCAAAUGAGGUCAAAGUUGAAGAGAAGAUAACGGUUCUUGAAGAGAAGGGAUGCCAAGUGUUGGGAAAGUGUCGCCAGCCCAUGGAGAAGGUACACAUGGGCAUCAUGAAGUGUCAUUGUAGAGGAGCGGGCCACACUGAGGAGUGUACAUUCUAAUGCUCUCCCCUCGCUGCAGUCGAUAGAUAUCGCCCAUUCUAGUGGGAACGAUGAAACAUUGCUUUUGGAACAUGUGCCAUGUCAAUAGACGGAUAAUCAACUCCAAGGACUGAUGCAUAUUGCUAGUUACGCGAAACCUUUUUUAUGUACUACUUCAUUCUGAUAUUUGUUGUAAACAACUUGUUCUACUUCACUUUGGGGAUUUAAGAAUCGUAAAUAUAUCGUAUUGAGAGUCAUCAUCAUAUUUCGUCAGAAGAAACACACGAACUAUCGAUUCCUGAUGUCUGAUGUCUGAUGUCUGACUGUCGUCUCAUAGACACAAUGGAGGUACUCUUAUCACCAGUUCUAUACAGUUGUGUUAGGAGAGGGAAACUAUUGUGUCAAACUACUGUUUCUUGUUUAAGUAAAUAUUGAAAAAAAUGUU